AUGAAGGCCCAAUCUAUUCUCGGUGCUUUGUUACCCGUCCUUCUCACAGCCAACGCUGCUUUGAGCGAUCAAAGUAUGAAGACUGUGAGAUUGAGCGGAGCUGAACUUCGGAAUCUGGCGGAUGUGAUUAAGAGUCAUGGCCUGGCGGACAAGCUUGCUGCCAAUCAGAAUAUUUCCUGCACCGUGGCUUAUACCCUGGAAUUAAGCGCUGGUCCUCCUCCUUACACUCUCAGCCUUACCUCCCUUGAUCUUUCCGGUUGUAUCUACACAGGUCCUUGA